UCAGGAUUCAGCUGUUUUAAUUAGAUUAGAAUAAUAUUGUAAAAAAUUAAAUAUAUAACUAUGGUUACGUCUUAUUACAUAAUGAAAAUGUCCCAACAAAAGAAUAAAAUUUAUAAUGAGGAUUAUUACAGUAACUUGUUGAACACUGUUUCAUACAAGAAAAAGAAAACCAAAUGCAGAGUUUGCCUCAAAGAAGGUACAGUACCAAUUUACGGAGAUGAUGAAGAGAUUCCCAAAACGUUGGCCUUCUUUGCAGACAUCCAGAUAAGCGAAGAGGACAACUAUCCGAAAUACCUAUGUGAUGUCUGUUUCAAGUUCGUAAAAAAUGCAAUUCUGUUCCGAAAGACUGCAAAACUAUCUGAAGAAACUUUACGGCAACCAAUGAAGGAAGAAGUAGACACAUUUAACGACCACGAUUACGACGACGGAGGUACUGAAGUUGACACAACCGUCAAAUGGGAUGAUGACUUCAGUAAUAUCAAAACAGAGAAGAAAGAUAAAGUUAAAUAUGCACAAAAAGUCACCUGUCAUAUAUGCAAGAAAGUUAUAAACCGGUCGUAUAUUAAAGAACAUGUAACUAUGCACGAUCCUGACCACCAUAAAUAUGUUUGUGAAAUAUGUGGCAAAUUCUUUAGGCUACGUUGUGCAUACUACAAUCACCGUUUGAGACACAGGACAGAUUUUCCAUACAAGUGUCAAUUCUGUCCUUACCGUGGACGUUAUUCAGAGCUAUUGAAAACUCACAUGCGUACCCACACUGGGGACUAUAGAUAUAUGUGUACCGAGUGUCCAGCAAGAUUCUUAUUCAAAAGUAAUUUGAACAGCCACAUGUUGAAACAUAAAGAACCUCAAUUUAAGUGUGAGGCUUGUAAAAGAGCUUUCCAUACUAAGCUAAUGCUGCAAAGACAUUAUGAAGCAGAUCAUUUAGGUAUCAAGAACCAUGUGUGUUCUAUUUGUGGGAAGGCUUUCGGCUACAGAAAUGCUAUGAUGAAGCAUCAGAGGCAUGUACAUAAAAGAGAAAAAUCUCUAUUUGGUAGAAUGCCAUCUUAUUUGGAAGCCCAAAAUAAACAGCAAACUGCCAUGUAAUAAUUUAUGGGAAUUACCUAGUUAAGCAAAAGCAAAUGAAAAUAAGCAAAGCAAAUGAAGCAAAUGGAAUUCUAUAGUCUCUGCUUACCCCGGUGGGAAAUAGGCGUGAGUUUAUGUAUGUAUGUGUGUACCUAGUUAAGCUGUAUACCUUUAACAUGUCCAAUGUACCUAAGUCAUAUUCUGUAUUUAACAUUUUUUCAUGUCUGUAGAAUGAUAAAUUAUAGAAAUUGUGUAUUAAUGUGACCAAUUUGUUAUUAUACCUA